AUGGCAGCGGCAACCAACACGGCGGCGGUCUGCGCUAGCACGUCCCUCCCGGCCACACGCUCGAUGCGAACAGGUGUAUUGAUCCACCCGACCACCGCCACCUCCGGGCGGCUGCUCAUCCUUCCCCAUCCUCAAACACUCAUCCCCACAUACUACCUCGCCUGCCCCUCCUCGAGCGAGCUGUACGAACUUUCGACGCUGCAAGAUUCAAAACACGAUCGAACAUGGAUGAUCUCUCAACUGAACCAAGUCAUCUCUUCUGGUCAACUGGACAUUCUCUCUCGAAUCGAUGCGAGGUUCAUCGUCGUAUCGUUGUUGCAUAGCGUAUUGGACGAUGGGAAGUAUCGAUCUAGAGAUGAUUUGUUUGAACAGGCGGCGCAGAAGCUGUAUUCGAGGAGGAAGGAGGAGCUGUACAGCGCAAUUCCCGAGCUCAAGAAGGGAGGGGAUGAGGAUGAUGCUGAGCAGCAGGAGUGGUCGGAUGUGGUAACGUUUGGUAAUCUUGAUCUGGUCAAGACGGCGCUGGAAGACGUUGCGGAUGUUCAAGACCUACCGAACGCGGAACAAGCCUACCGACUCUCCCUCAGCAAAACCUUCCACCUCCUCGAUCGCAAACACACCCUCCUCUCCCAACACUCCACCUUCGCGCAAACACCCAACACCCUAGGUCGAACAUUCGAACGCUCAUGGCCUCACGAAUCAGAUCCCUCUCCGUACCUCUCCACCGAAAACGACGAGGAACACGAUUGCAAAGACGCAGCAAAACUACGCAGUCAAAUCGCCGCUGAAAUCAUCGCCACUUACCUCCCAGCCAAAUUGGCGGCUGAAUACUUUGCUCAUCUGGGACUCAAUGACAAGUAA